AUGAGUUUCAGUGGCUGGAAAAAGUACAUUGAGGAAGGAGAUCUCGUCAUUGUAUACAUGACAAGAGAGAACAUGACACCCGUCUUCAUGAAGAAGGGCACUGUAUUUCAAAAUCGCUUUGGUGUUUACAAGCAUGAUGACAUAAUUGGUAAAGAGUAUGGAUCCAAGUUGGUCUCUUCAAACUAUAGGGGAUUUGUCUACCUUCUUCACCCCACACCAGAGCUUUGGACACUCGUUUUACCACACCGAACACAAAUUUUGUAUAUAGCAGACAUCUCAUUUAUCACCACAUUACUAGACAUGAAGCCUGGUGUCAAUGUCAUUGAGUCAGGCACAGGUUCCGGGUCAUUUUCACACUCUAUCGCUCGUACAAUCGCACCUACAGGACGACUCUAUUCAUUCGAAUAUCAUCAAGACAGAGCCAAUUUAGCACAAGUGGAAUUCAAUGAACAUGGAUUUGGAGAUAUUAUCCAAAUGCAUCACAGAGAUGUGUGUAAAGAUGGGUUUCAGAUGAAGGAUCGAGUCAAUGCUGUGUUUUUGGAUUUACCAGCACCUUGGGAUGCUGUCGCCUCUGCAAAGGAAGCAUUCAAACAAAAUCGCACUGGUAAAAUUUGCUGCUUCAGUCCAUGCAUCGAACAAGUAGCCAGAUCAGUAGCAGCAUUAGAUGAGCAUGGAUUUAUUGAUAUCACUAUGUACGAGUGUUUGAUUCGUGAGCAUACAGUCGCACCUAUUCAAAAGGUUGAUUUCUCAGUUGCCAUCAAGGAUGCACAAGAACGAAAAGCCAAGGGAUUACCCUCCGUGGAAAGUGUGGCAAUCAAGAGAAAGUUGGGCAAAGAUGAACCUAUUCCUACAGCAGAAGAAGUGGAGGAGGCCGCAAAUUUGAUGCUUGUGUCAAGAACACUGGGGGAGACAAGGGGCCAUACUAGUUAUUUAACAUUCGCUACAUUUUUACCACCUUCAGCUACUCGCAUUGUGGAUGAAAAUGUGCCAGAGAAUGAUUCAAAUUGA